AUGUUGGACAAGCCGCAGGUUUUCCUUAAACUAGAUGUCAAGAAUGCUUUCAACUCCCUAGACCGAAAUUACAUACUAAAAUGUGCCGAAGAAUUCAUGCCGGAGUACUACAAGUUUGUGUGGCAGUGUUACGGUGAACCAUCAAUACUGCUACACGGCAAGUACACCGUAUCUUCACAGGCGGGCAUCCAACAGGGGGACCCCCUCGGCCCACUACUGUACUGCCUUGCGACUAUCGCACCACACAAACGCCUGAAGUCAAAGCUGAAAGAAAGCUUUCUGGACGAUGAUGCGCUGGGCGGAGACCCGGAAGAUGCUUUUGACGACCUCUGCUCCCUUCAGGAAGCGCUACGAGAACGCGGGCUAACGCUUAACAUAGCUAAAUGCGAGCUGAUGGUGAUCGGAGGCUCAGAGGCAGAACGCCAAACUGUGUAUGAUGCAUUCCUCCAUGCCUUUCCAGACCUGCAAUGUCCCCAGCUGAAGGAUCUGCAUUACCUCGGUGCACCAAUUCACGAUGAUGCGGUUGCGGGCGCACUCGUCAGUGCCACGGAGGCAUCUCUCCCGAUUGUAGAGGGCGGUCUCGGAAUUCGAAGCGUCGAGAAGCUUGCACUCCCGGCCUUUCUGGCCUCAGCUUACUCGGUAGCUCCACUAACAUCGGAAAUUAUUGUAUUCGAACCGGACGUCUACUGUCGUGAUGCUACUGCACAAUGGCUCCAAAUAACCCAACAUGACCUCCCACACCUGGACGCGCGACCAACCCAGAAAGUUUGGGACGAUCCCAUAAUUCGCGACACCGCAGAUCGGCUACGAGCGACAGCCGGGAAUGACAUCUCCGAACAGGCAAGGCUGAGAGGUGUGAGCACGAAAGAAAAUGGGGCAUGGUUGGGAGCGCUGCCGGUUGCCUCCCUUGGCAACCUUCUUACGGACUCCGUGGUAAGAAUCGCCGUUGGUUUGCGUCUGGGUAACCGGUAA